AUGUCAAACCUUCAAGUAUACCUCGAUCCCUGCACCGUCAACAGCCGCAAGGUGUUGGCCGGGCUCGAUCUCAUGCAUGUCCCAUACCAAUUCCACCACAUCGACUACUUCAAAGCCGAGCAGAAGAGCGAAGCCUUCACCAAGAUCAAUCCUCACCAAACCGUGCCAGCUGCGACCGAUGGCGAUCUGACCCUCACCGAAUCCAAUGCCAUCCUCAUGUACGCUGCAGACCUCGGCGGCGGCGACAACUCUGCAUAUCCCAAAGAUCUCAAACUACGCGCAGAUGCCAAUCGCUGGCUCUUGUGGGAAGCUUCUGUUUGGUUCCAAACAAACUACGUCUACCUCGUCGAAAACGUCGUCAAACCCCUUCUAGGCGCCUCCCCCGACCCCUCCAUCCUCGACGCCGAAGCUCCCAAAUGGCACAAAGCCGCCAGCAUCCUCGACACGCGUCUCCACGAAACCAAGAAAUGGAUCCUUCCGGGCGAAAAUCCCACAAUUGUGGAUAUUGCUGUUGCGUCGGCGAUGCAUUUGCAUGAGGCGCAAAAACUUCCUUUGGAGCAACAUCCGGGUCUGAAGAGAUGGAUUGCGGAUGUGGAGGCUUUGUCGGCUUGGAAGGGGACGCAGGAGGCCGUGGAGAAGGCUUUGUUGCCGGGGAAAGGGAAGGUUUAG